GUUAAAUUCGAACUGAGAACAAGUUUCAGUUUCAUUAUCCUCCUCCUCUUCUUGUUUCACUUAUUAGAUUCCCAUCACCGUUUUACCAAAAAAGCUUCAUCCUUUUAUUGCUCUAGAAGAAGAAAACAAGUUCGACUUUCUCCGAGAGGCUCUAACCAAAUACGGCACUCCAUUUUUAGAGUUUUCCGUUACGGAUUUUCCGAGUUUGGGUUUUCUUAAGACACCAAAUUGGUGCGCGUCUAUUUUUCCCUCAGGAAAUAUUGCACCUCCUUUCCGUUUCGUGAUUUGAUAAGGAAGUGAGAGAGAGAGAGAGAGAGAGAGAGAGAGAGAUAGAGAGAAAGAUGGGCCUCCUUCUAUCCAGAAAUAUUAUAGCAAGUUACAUUUUCUCCUCUCCACUUUUCUCCCAGAAAAAUGGUGGUAUUCCCAUGCAAUUGGAGAACAUGGUCUCCUUGGUUUCCCGGACGGGAAGACAUUUGCAGCGCUACGAUAAAGGCUGCCGUCAAGUUGUAGGAUGCAUACCCUACAGAUAUAGGCAAACAGAACAAGAGUCUUCGUCUGUGGAGGAUAUAGAAGUUCUUGUGAUUAGUUCACAAAAGGGUCAAGGAAUUUUGUUCCCAAAGGGAGGUUGGGAACUUGAUGAGUCAAUUGAAGAAGCGGCUUGCAGAGAAACGCUAGAGGAGGCCGGUGUGACUGGUCAUCUUGAGCUGCCAAUAUUGGGCAAAUGGCCUUACAAGAGUAAAAGCCAGGGCACUUUUCAUGAGGGGUACAUGUUCCCUUUGCUUGUCAACAAGCAGUUAGAGUCUUGGCCUGAGAAGACCGUCAGAAAACGAGAAUGGAUGACUAUUGCUGACGCUAAAGAAGCAUGCCAAAAUUGGUGGAUGAGGGAAGCUUUGGAUGAAUUUUUUCGUCGACAAACGCAGACCCAAGAGAAAGAAGCACAAAAUGUGCCUGUUUGUACAUGAGAGAACCUCACUUUGGUAGCCAUGGUUUUAGCCAUGGUUUGGUUUUUGUUCAAUUAUUUGGACAACCAAACGGAUGUAGGGGGAGAAGUAACUUCCCAAUACUCAUAUUAGAGAUGAGCUAGUUUACACUCAACAGUGAAAACUAAAGUGUUCAUUUCUUUACAGUUCUGUUGCUGUACAAUGUAGUCGAAGAACUAGAAACAGAACGCCUGUUAGAUGUACAAACCCCAUUCUUUCAAUUCAAUUCAAUUCAAUUCAUUUUGAUUGUAUGUAACUUGUGAACCAUGGAAUAAUGAACGUUUUCACUGACUCUGGUUCAGAGUUUUUUGUGAUUUCCCUUCUC